AUGGCCCCCGGAAGGAAAACCCGUGCGACGGCUGCUGCCGUUAAAGGUGCCACUACAACGAAACCCCCAGUACGAAAAAUUUUAUCUGAUAAAUCAGCAAAUGUACAAGAAAAAGCCGUCCGAGGGAAAGGCAACAAACGACCUGCCGUAGAGGAGAUCACACCGGUAGUAGAGGAUGAGCUAGAAGAGGGGUCGAUAACUAGCGACGCGAAGCCUAAAGGUUCGAGGGGUCGGCCACGAGCCGCGAAGGCACCGAAGAUAUCCAAAGAUGACGAAAUAUCGACUACCGAUCAAUCGGAACCCAUGGUUCGACCAGCAGGUAGAAGGGGACGUAAGCCAAAGACGAAUACCGACACACUACCUGCAGAACUCGAAAUCCCCGAAACCCAACCAGCCGAGGACGAGAUUCCGGAGACGCAAGCAGCCAAUAUGACGGGUUUCAGCACAGAAGAAUAUGAUCAGAUAGAGGAUUUACCUCCUCAUAAUCGCCACGGAUUCUCCUCAGUCCAACGUAUCCAAUCACAUAAUAUUUUCGGUAUAAAUCAAAGAACAGUACCAGCAUCAGAUUCCGAGCUUCACGAACCAUCGAUGAGACGACGAGUGGGAGACCUGAGUCGGAAGUAUGAUAACUUAGAGGCAAAAUAUCGAGACUUACGAGAGAUUGGAAUUAAGGAAGCAGAGCGCAAUUAUGACCGACUUAAGAAACAAUCAGAGGAGAGAGCUAAUACUGCAAACCAGCUCAUCGAAACUCUGAAAGCGCAGCUGUCUGCCCAAACCGAGCUUGCUAAAGAAGCACAACGUUUGAGACAACAGCUAGAAGCUAGUCAGACUAAAGCAGACCAACUUCAAAGCAAAGUCAAUGAUACCAAUGCUUCGUUGAUGGAGGCGAAGACGGAGGUCAAGACACUCACCACGAAGCUAUCUGCUGCCCGAUCAGCUGAAGUGACGACCAAGAUUCCGAGUAGUGCUAUUAAAGGGUCAAGUGCGAAUAACCGACUUCUUGCCAAUGCCGAAGCCGCGGCUCAGGUGGCGCAAAUGAAAGAAGAUCUAUACGGAGACUUGACCGGCUUGAUUGUCCGUGGUGUCAAGCGGGAGCAAAGCGGAGAAACUUACGACUGUAUCCAGACAGGUAGAAACGGAACUCUCCAUUUUAAACUGGUCGUAGGUGGUGAAGAGCUCACAGAGAAACUUGAUGAGCCUCAAUUCAUAUACAUGCCUCAGUUAAACUCAAGUCGCGAUCAGGAUUUGAUCGAUAUACUACCUGAUUAUCUCGUUGAGGAGAUUACUUUCCCUCAAUCACACGCUGCGCGGUUUUACGCAAGGGUCAUGAAGGCACUCACGGAGCGUCCAGAGUAUGAGUGA